CUAGUCAGCUUUCGGUUAACUUCGCUACGUACGCUGAUAGCCGUGAGCAAACCGCUCCCACAACCUCACCUCCUUCUCUACCGCCACUCUGAUUCCAGUUCGAGAACACGAUACGUCGAUACCGACACUAUGGAAGACCUACCUACGGAAAUACUCGACAUGGUCAGCUGUUGGCUUUCGAAGUUCGAGCCAGAUCGAAACAGCAUGUGGGCCUUCGCGGCCACCUCGAAAACAUGCUACGCCGCCUCGGAGAGACAACGAUAUUCGCGGAUCCGAGUGGAGGUGGAGAGCGACACCCAGCUCAAUCGUGACCUGGCGCGCCUAGAUCAAGCGUUCGACACGAGCACCAAGAGAGGGUGUGUGCGUCGCUUGACUGUUGGACCUAGGAUGGCCACCUACGACGACAACCCUGACACCUUCGCGGAACUGCAACGGGGGUAUUCGGCGGAACUCUUUGCCAAAUCAUCAGCGGAAGUGAAGAUCUCGAGGCAUACUUGGCAGCUAUUCGCCCUCCUCAUCUCGAAGCUUCCACUCAUUCACGACCUUGUAUGGACUGCCCCAGUACGAAUCCAUGCGUAUAUACUUCAUGUACUUCAUGGUCGCAAGCCCCUUUGCCGCUUGCAUGUCCACACCUUCUGCCCCCACAUCAUCCUUGGACAUGAGAUUAGAACGACCAUCGAAAGUUCCGACUGCCUACUGGCAACCUCGCCCUGCUUAUACAGUGUCGUGGGCCCAUACACAUCUCCCGAUUUUCGAGGUCGUGUGCUUAAUUGCGCGAUCGCCAUCCAGCAAAUGGUCGCGUGGUCCACCCCAAACCUCAAGCACGUUCACGUGUGGCCCCGACCAUCAGAAGUGUCUUCAGGAUUGGGUCCAUGGCUGCUUCGCAAUACACUGGUACAACCACACACGGAUGAACCACCGAAGGGUCAACUAGAGACUUUGACAAUAGAGCCCAAUGGCGCAAUGAGUACAGAAGCACUUGUAAGAUGGAGAGAGUUUACCGACUUCUCGUUUCUUCGUACUCUCAAAUUCACGAACCGGAUUACAGCGGGGGCGAUGGAGAUGCUAGCAGAUUUUACGGAGAGCGGGGUGCUCAAACACCUUGAAGCUUUGCAGUUACCAACGAGAAGGCAUAGAACACGCCAUGGGGGAAGAUGUAACCAGGCUUUGCAUCGGCUCCUCUCAUCGUCGCAAGCGUUGAGGUACCUGUCGGUGAAGGGAAUGGAUGCUGCCUCAUUUGACGUCCUUCUCGAAAAACACGCCGCCAGCAUACAGCACUUGGAUGUCGAAGAGUACUUUCUGGAUUACAAGCAGAUCGCACGAAUCAGCCAAUCCUGCACCAACCUUCGCCAUUUCCGGUUGGAGAUAGUCCGUACCCGGGGCAACGAUGGAGAAGUAGCAAGCUACCGCGCUCUCGGCCGAAUCCAAAAACUCGAAACGCUCACGGUAACGCUCCAUUGCGAAGCUUCCGACGAUGUCGAGAUUUCCGAAGACCAAGAGGAAGAAGAUAUGAAAUUGGCAUUCGAAGAAAUCUUCAUCAACGCUGCCGUCGACAGGGACCUCGCCCUUGCAAUCGUGGGGGAGAUGCAUGGGCAAGCCAAUCCACCAUCGAGGCUUUCACGCAUCUUGCUGGAAGUGGCUCCCAUUUCUUUGAUUUACAAGCGAGUAUACUUGCCAUCCGGCUUCCGGGCCAUACAUCGUUGGAUUGGUCGGUACUGGGAAUUCGACUACGAUCCGCGGGAUACCCACCGCGGCCAAUUCCGUGUGACAGAAAAGGGGGAGGCGUAUCGAAUCAGAUUUGGAAAUACGCUUCAAGAUGACCUCGAUGAUUUCCUCUACAGCGAGGACUGUGCUGCUGUUUGGGAACAGUUGUGGCCGGGAACAAGAAACAACUGGAAGGAUGGGUGGUCGAGCCAUCCGCUUGCGGAGAAUUUUGUAGAGUAG